AAACAACAAAUUCCCGGUUCGAGAUCGUUGACGAACCUCGACGCGACCUCAUUUUACUCUGCUAAUAUUAUUACCUGUAUUAAUGACGAAGGAAAUGGUGGACGCUACUAAAUCGAAGACCAAAGAGCUGAUUGAAGAACAGAUGAACAGUCAGGAAAUCAGGAAGGACCUAGAUGUAACAGAGCUGUAUCUUAGCAACCAAGGUCUUACUGAUCAAGACUUAUGUGAUUUGGGUCAGUAUCGGAUGCUCAAUCGUCUAUGGCUGAAUGGAAACAAACUAAGGAGGAUUAACUGUCUAUCAAUCAACUACAGAAUAACAGAAUUGUAUUUACAGGACAAUGAGUUGGUGAGUGUAGGAGGUCUUCUUCAGCCAUUAACCAGUCUUCAAGUUUUGAUGUUACAUAACAAUCAGCUGACCAAUCUUGAAGAAACUAUAGCUGAAAUGAAAGCUAUGCAAGCAUUAAAUACACUCAACCUAUCCCAGAAUCCUUUGGCCCAGGAAGCAGAAUACCGUCAUUACAUCAUUCAUCACGUACCAUCAUUGAAACUCCUAGAUAGACAAGAAAUCUUGAAGUCUGAGCGAGAUGAUGCAGCCAAGCUGUACCAGCAAGAGAGACAGGCCCUGUUAGAGACGAUUGCAUUUGGGCGUCGGUGUAACGGUCCCGCCCAGAGAGCUAAAGACCAGGGCGUGGUCAGCGAAUCUAGACACUCAUUGGCUAGUAUGGUGUCUGAUAAAGAAGUAGCAAAUCAUUUUAGCAGUCCACCACGAGGAACACCUGAAGAAGCUGUAGCAGAGAGAGCUGUACAACGAUCUAUUAUGGAAUACUCUCACUUUGAUUGGUCUAAAAAACCUAGGGCAGAGGAAAGAAGAAUGAAUAAGAACAUAGAGGGCAGCAAACAGACUGAGAUUAUAACUGUCAGGUUUAGGUAGCAUAGACACUCUUGACAGACUUGGUAUAUUUAUUCUGAUAUUCCUAUUGAUUUUAAUUGAGAUGAAUCACUCCCCCAAGUACAUUGGGAUAUUGACAACAUUUCAAAAUUUUGCUGUAUGAGAAGAAAGAGUGAAAAAUUAUUUCAUCAGUAUCUGUCAUCCAAAUCUAAGGAAGUAAAACUAAAGUAUAGUGUAGGAGGUUUCACGGUACACCAUGUAUCUUUGUUGGGCAAGUGUCUGUCCUGAAAAGGACCACCCAAUCU